AUGAUUAACGAAGAAAUUGAAGUUUUACAAACAAUUUACGCUCACGAUUUCACAAUUUCAAAUACGAAUCCCAGAUGGUAUGGAGUAAUGGUUGCUACUGGUAAUUCAUUUCAACAUGAAAAUGCCGAAGUUAUAGAACAAUAUGUUCAUCUAUUAUUUCACAAACCAUCCGAAUAUCCUUCUGUUCCUGUUAAAGUUCAUAUUGCUACCCCUGUGUUAAAAACGAAUAUAAAAGCUUCAAAUUCUUCAAAUGUAAACGAUGGUAACAUUAAAGAAGAAUUAGAAAUUAUAUUGAAUUUAAAAGCACAAGAGAUGGCAAAUAAUGAGGAAUUUGCGAUGUAUGAAAUUGCAGAAUUAGCAAGAAAUUGGUUAUGGGAUAAUCAACGACUUUCAGAUACUUCUAAUGUAAAUCAUGAUUGGUGGGUAGGAGAAUUGCCAGACAGAAUAUUUAAUUGGCAAACAAAUUCAUAUUCUCCUUCAAAAAUCACAGAACUUCAAUUUCGUGUGGAGUUUCAAGUUAUUGAAAGUAUACAAGAAAGUUGUGGUAUCGAAGUUGACAUUGCAAAAGUUAGAUCCUUUUUAAUGAUGAACCUUUGGAAUGUUGAAAAGACGAUUGAGGCCAUUACAAAGAACAUAAAUGAAAAGAAUUACGAUGCAAAUAUUAGCAUUAUACAUGUAGACGCUGAUGAAGUUGAUGAGAAAAGUUGUAACAUUUGUUUUGACACUUUUUUGUCCUGUGAAAUGAUAACUUUUGUUAUAUGUAAUCACAGUGUAUGCAAUGAAUGUUUAAUUCAAUAUCUUUCAUUAAAGAUAUCAGAAAAUCAGGUGUUCACGAUUGGAUGUCCUGGUGCUAUUAAUUGCCCAUAUUUUGUUGACCCUAUAACAAUUGGGCGAUUAUUAUCACCGAAAUUAGUUUGUAAAUAUUAUUCUUGUCUUCGUGAGUCCUUUACUCAACUUCAACACCAUACAGGUAUCACAAAAAAAUCUACAACAGUCUCCCAAUCAGCAAAAAAAUUUUCCUGGUGCAUAAAUCCUAAAUGCGAUCAUUCUUUAUCUCAACAAAAUGCAGAUAGUAUUGAAACGCCAACAAUAUUACAUUGCAAUGGCUGCACUUCAACUUGGUGUUCCUCAUGCGAUGUUAUAGGUGGACAUUGGCCAUCAUCUUGUAAAGAUUAUGAAACUUACCUUCUUACAAAUCAUACCAUAAAACUUCUUAAAAUAAUCAAAUCUCAACUUUUGGAUAUCACGACAAAGCCAUGUCCAAAUUGCAAAAUUUUGAUCACCAAGAAUGGAGGAUGCAUGCAUAUGACAUGUAAAUUCUGUCAGCACCAAUUUUGCUGGGGUUGUUUGGUUGACUGGAGAUUGAGGGAUCAUAGUAAUCUUUAUGAAUGUGAUCAACAAUCUAGCGAAGGAGUUGAAACAUCAUUUGGAGUAUUUGAUGAAAACGAUAUGCAAUUUUUACCUGGGGCAUUUCAGAGAAAAUUCAAACAAGGUGUAAUUAUACAUUCGCAAGCGAUAAGAAAAGAACAAAUGGAUUUUGAUAUUUUGGUUAAACAAUAUAAAGACGGAUCAAAUACAAAAAACAUUAGAAAUUUGAAGAUUUAUGUAACUAAAUUAUUAAUACAAGUUAAUUAUGUUAUGAAAUUUACGUCAGUAGGACUUUUUUCUAAAUCAGAUAAAGACAAAAAUGAAGUUAAAAAAGGUAUUGAAAUGUUACAAAGACUUGAAUUUGGAUUGAGAAGUUUGGAAAAUAUUAGGGAACAAAUUAUUGAAAUUGAAAAAGAUAAUUUUGGAAAAGGUAAAAGCAAUAUAUUUAGUAUGGUAGAUGAAGAGAAAAGAUUUAAAAGCUUGGAGUGUGAGAUUGAACUGUGUAAAGAAAGAUUAGAAAAUAAUAUAAAGAAUUUUGUAAAAUUACUCAAUUCUUAUGAUAAAUUAACAAAUAUAUAA